CCACAUAUGCAGGGUUAGGUUAAAAAGAGAACCAACUGGCAAACUACCAAAACCCCUGAAGGCUAGAACCAUGUCUAUGGAUCCAAAGAAGUCUAACAAGAUCACGGAAAUUGUUAGGCUUCGACAGAUCCUCAAGAAAUGGAGAAGGGUAGCCAGCUCUUCAAAAACCGCCACCGCCGCGGCCGCCACCAGCAGCAGUAAAAGCAUCAAGUUUCUGAAAAGGACACUUUCUCUAUCCGAACGUGAAGGAGGGUCAAGCAAUUUUGUUCCCAAGGGAUAUCUGGCUGUUUGUGUCGGGGAAGAGCUCAAGAGGUUCAUCAUACCCACUGAUUAUUUGGGUCAUCAGGCCUUCCACAUGUUACUGAGGGAAGCAGAAGAAGAAUUUGGGUUUCAACAGACCGGUGUUCUGAGGAUCCCUUGUGAAGUAUCUGCCUUCGAGAGUAUAUUGAAGAUGAUUGAGGGAAAGAAGGACAAGGUUUUCACUCAAGUUUUCCACUCAACAGACAGGUGCUCUGAGGACAAGCUUUCUUGUUCCCACCAUGCUCACAGUCCAAUGUGCAGAUAGUCAGGAGUUUUCAAGUUUCUGUCCUUCAACCUUUUUUUUUGGUCCUUUUGUUUUGCUCCUUAUAAAGGCCAGUUAAUGCAUGAGAGUGUGAAUGAGAAUGAGGAAGAGUGACUUCAAUGUAAGAAUCACCUGGGAAUUAUAUAAAGCAAUGAAUUGAGCUCUAUUGCCGUGUA